UAUGAACAGACAAAUGAGGUAUAGUGCUUUGAAAAUGUUACUCGGAAAAACACUGCCUAGUUUUCAAUUACGCAUGCGCAGUGAACUAAUUUCUAAUUUCCUGAAGUUUUAUUUUGUGAAAUAUCACAAGAAUUUCCCUAAUUAUCUACUGAUUAUAAGAUUGAAUAUGAUGUUUUAAUAAUGGCAGCAGCUGCCCCUCUAGCCGGAGAAUUCAGCCAUGAUUGGCAGGAAAGUGCAGAGUGUUUGACACUGGACUUUGGUCCAUUUGAGACAGUACACAGAUGGAAACAAAUGCCAGAAUGUGAUGAAUUUGUAGGAGCUAGGCGUAGCAAACACACAGUGGUUGCGUAUAAAGAAGCUCUGUAUGUAUUUGGUGGAGAUAAUGGAAAGACAAUGUUGAAUGACUUGCUGCGCUUUGAUGUCAAGGAUAAAUCAUGGGCAUGUGCUUUCACAACUGGAUACCCGCCAGCUCCCCGGUAUCAUCAUUCUGCCGUCAUCCAUGAAGAAAGCAUGUUUGUUUUUGGUGGUUAUACAGGAGACAUUCAUUCAAACUCAAAUCUUACAAACAAGAAUGACUUAUUUGAGUAUAAAUUUUCAACAGGUCAAUGGGUUGAAUGGAAGUUUGAAGGCCGAAUGCCUGUUGCUAGAGCUGCGCAUGGAGCGGCAGUUUACGAUGGACGUCUAUGGAUAUUUGCUGGUUAUGAUGGAAAUGCACGUCUAAAUGAUAUGUGGACAAUAUCUUUGCUAAGCGACACCCGUCAUUGGGAAGAGAUCAACCAAAUUGGGGAUAUCCCUCCAACUUGCUGUAAUUUUGCCCUUGCUGUUGCCAGACACCAUAUGUUUGUUUUCUCUGGCCAAAGUGGGGCAAAAAUCACCAACAAUUUGUUUCAAUUUGAUUUCAAGGACAAACAGUGGACUAAAAUCUCUACUGAACAUAUUCUGAGAGGAGCGCCUCCUCCCCCUGAAAAAAGAUAUGGCCACACUAUGGUAGCAUUCGAUCGCCACUUGUACGUAUUUGGAGGUGCUACUGGUCAAACCUUGCCUAAUGAUUUACAUUGCUAUGAUCUGGACUCACAAACAUGGACAGUAAUAAAACCAUCAGCCGAUAGCAAAGUUCCAACAGGUCGUUUAUUUCAUGCUGCAGCUGUCGUUUGUGACGCAAUGUAUAUUUUUGGUGGAACAAUCGAUAACAAUGUACGUAGUGGAGAAAUCUUUAGAUUUCAAUUCUCCAGUUAUCCCAAAUGUACUCUUCAUGAUGACUAUGGGAAAUUAUUGGAGAGUAAGCAAUUCUGUGAUGUGCACUUCAUUGUUGGUAAAGACAAAGUUUGUAUCCCAGCGCACAUUGCAAUGGUAGUGUCCCGAUCACAGUGGCUCAGAAAUAAGAUCCGACAAACCAGAGAUCUGCAACAAUCGCUAAAAGAAGCAGACUUUGACACUAUAACAUUAUCUCCUCUCCAGGUUAAUCUGGUUGAUGCCACACCUAAAGCAUUUGAAAUGGUGCUGUCAUACAUAUACACCGAUCGAAUCCAACCUGCCAAGAAAAGUUCAGACACUGGCAACAAUGAUGUUAUUCUUCUUAUGAUGGAUGUCUAUAGGCUCGCGCUUCAAUUCAGGAUGGUACGCCUUGAGCUCCUAUGCGUACAAUACCUUGAGGCUUGUAUUGGUCACCGCAAUGUACUUGUUGCUUUGAGUAAUGCAGCCAAAUUGAAAUUGGAUUUCCUUCGUGAAUACUGCCUGAAAUUUAUUGUCAAGGAGUCUAACUAUAAUCAGAUCGUUAUGAGUAAGGAGUUUGAGAUCCUCGAUCAGCCUUUGAUGGUGGAGAUUAUCAGACGUCGCCAGUUGCCUCCUGUGCGUCUCCAGGAGCCACAGAAUACAGAGAGUCACAAUGAUAACUGCUUGGAGAAAGACCUGGAACUGUUCUUGAAAUCUCCAGGCAUAAGUGGUGAUUUCUGUGACAUCACACUGAUGCUUGAUGGUGUGUCAAUCCCAGCUCAUAAAGCUAUCCUGGCCGCAAGAUGCAGCUACUUUGAGUCAAUGUUUAGAUCAUUUAUGCCAAAAGACAACACUGUAACAAUUGCUAUUGGUGACACUGUGCCCUCAGGCCAGGCAUUUGACAGCCUACUUCGCUAUAUCUACUAUGGUGACAUCAACAUGCCCCCAGAGGACUCCCUCUAUCUUUUCUCAGCCCCGCAUUUCUAUGGAUUUGCAAACAAUCGCUUACAAGCAUACUGCAAACAAAACCUUGAGAUGAAUGUCUCAUUCAAAAAUGUGGUCCAAAUUCUGGAGGCAGCUGAUCGCAUACAGGCAUCUGAUAUGAAGAAACAUGCACUAAGCAUCAUUGUGCAUCAUUAUUCAAAGGUUGCUAGGCUACCUGAGGUCCGGCGUCUAUCCAGGGAGCUCUUAUUGGACAUUAUCGAUGCCCUUGCCGAUGAUAUGUCAGACUCUAGAAUGUGUCAGGAUGUUUCUUCUAUCAGCCUCAAUAUGGAUGUGAACACAUAGAUAUUGUUUGGCACUGUACAUGUAUAAGUAAAAGACUUGGAAAUUAACAUGAUUAAUGAAUGUAUAUAAAUCAGAGGAAAGAUAUUAAAAAACUAUAUUAAUUAAAGGAACAUCCUUUUUAUAAUGUCACCACCAAAAGUGGUGACAUAUUGUUAUAGUCUCCAAUGUUUUUGGGGACAAUGAUCAGUGAUUGGUGUUUUGCUGUUGGUGUCAUGUGACCUGUUACCAAUUUUUACAACUUUCCAUAACUUAACAAGUACUUUGACUUCAAACAAAUUUUU